CCCUCCGGUCCGCUGCGUGUGUGAGGAUAAUGGCUGCGCUGUUGAGCUGGGCCUGCCGGCUCCGGCCUCUUUGCUCCCAUCUCCUUCUGCGGCUGCCGCGGGGAGUCGCUGCCCACCGCCCCGCGCUCCGCGCCGCAGGGUUGGUGGGAGCCCCUGGCAGCACACAUCUGAUCUACCAAGCAAGGCUCUUUGCAAUUGCACCUCAUCAGAAGGGGAAAGUUCAAGAAGAACCUGUUUUGAGUGUUCAAAAUAAGCAAGCACAGCAUUUUGACUGGGCCUUAAAUAAACUGGAUAGCUCUGUCAGAAGAACUGGCCGCAUUACUAGAACUCUUCUACUAAGAAUCUUCCAUGACAUGUGCAGAACAGGGUAUCCAAGUAGUAACCAGGCCCUGCUUCUGUUGCGAAGUUGUGGUUCCUUGUUGCCUGAGGUCCCAUUAUGUGAAAGAACAGAACUAGCCCACAUGAUAUGGGGCAAGUUGCAAGACUUGGGUGCUGUGUAUGAUGCAAGUCAUUAUAAUGCUUUGCUUAAAGUCUACCUUCAAAAUGAACAUAAAUUCUCUCCAACUGAAUUCUUGUCGAAAAUGGAGGAAGCUAAUGUGCAGCCCAAUCGAGUUACAUACCAAAGAUUGAUUGCUGCCUAUUGCAAUGAGGGUGAUAUCGAAGGUGCUAGUAAGAUUCUUGGAUUUAUGAAGAUGAAAGAACUCCCAAUCACCGAGGCAGUAUUCAGUAGCCUUGUGACAGGCCAUGCAAGGACUGGAGAUAUGGAGAAUGCAGAAAAUAUCUUUUCAGUGAUGAGAGAUGCAGGAAUUGAACCUGGUCCAGACACCUACUUAGCAUUACUGAAUGCAUAUGCCGAGAAGGGUGACAUUAACAGUGUUAAACAGAUCCUGGAAAAGAUUGAGAAGAUGGAAGGCUAUUUAAUGGACAGGGAUUUGCUGCAGGUUAUUUAUAGCCUUGCUAAGGCUGGAUAUCCCCAGUAUGUCCCAGAUAUUUUGUCGCAGAUGAGAUAUGAAAGGGGAUAUAUUCCAGAUGCAAUGAACUUGUCUCUGAAUUUGAUAACUCAAGGUUUGGAAGAUACAGCUUUCCAAGUUUUCAAAUCGUUUCCUACCUUGCCAUCUGAAAAUCACAGUGAAACCAGUAUGGACUAUGGUAACUUCUUCUUACAACACUGUGUACAUAUGGAUAAGCCUUUGAGCAAGCUGAAACAGUUCUGUGAUGAGUUAAAAGAAGCCAAUAUGCACUCAAGUCCCCUCCAGUUUACUUUGUAUUGUGCGUUGGAGUCUAAAAAAGCAGCUCUGGCAAUUAACCUGAUGAAGACAAUGAAAGAGGAAGGUUUGCCUCUCAGACCUCACUAUUCCUGGCCACUGCUUGUUGGGUAUCAGAAGGAGAAGAAUGUUCAAGGUACUAUUGGGGUCCUUAAAGCAAUGCAUGAGCUGGGGGUGGAACCUGAUGUGGAAACAUACACAAACUAUGUUUUGACAAAUUUUGAUGACAUUCAGACUUUUCGUGCUCUGCUACAGGAAAAUGGCUGUCCAUUUGAAACUGAAGGACUCUCUGUAGCAGCAUUAAGACAUGAAGCAAUAUAUGGAACACUGGAAAAUGUUUUAUCAUUAUUGUCUUCACCAAGUAUGCCCUCUGUGAAUUUGUCUCAUUUUAAAGGCUGUCUCAUUUUUGGCUUUAAAAGGUCUAACGAUAUAGAUCUUUGGAGCAAGAUAACUGAACUGUUGUACAAGGAUGGACGUUAUUGCCAGACGCCUCCAGGACCAGCUGAAGCUGUUGGCUAUUUUCUUUAUAACUUGAUUGACAGCAUGAGUGACUCAGAGGUACAGGCCAAGGAGGAGCAUUUGAGACAAUACUUCCAUCAGCUGAAGAAGAUGAAUGUAGUAAUCCCUACAAAUAUCUACAGAGGCAUUCGCAACCUGCUGGCCGCCUAUCAUGUUCCUGAAUUAAUUAAGGAUAUAAUUUUAGUGACUGAUAGAGAAAAGUUGUCAGUAGCAGACAUUCCAAAAAACACUGAAGUGUCUGCUUUGGAAGAGGAACUGGAAAAGCUAAAAGCUGAAAAGCAACCUAUUGGAAAUGUCCUGAAACAGCUUAUAGUUGCUCUCUGUGCAGAAGAGAAUAUGCAAAAAGCUCUUGAAGUGAAAGCCAAAUACGAACCGGACAUGGUUGUCGGUGGCUAUGCAGCCUUGAUAAAUUUGUGCUGUCGACAUGAUAAUGUAGAAGAUGCAAUGAACCUGAAAGAAGAAGUCUUCCGUAAAGAUUCAUCUGUUGCUCUUGACACAAACAAGUACUUAGCUUUGGUGAAAGUCUUAGGAAAGCAUGGCAGACUAGAAGAUGCUAUUAACAUUCUAAAGGAGAUAAAAGAGAAGGAUAUUCCUAUCAAAGAUACAACAGUCACGUCCUUUUUCCACAUCCUUAAUGCUGCAGCCAUGCGAGGUGAAGUUGAAACAGUGAAUCGAUUACAUGAGUCCAUUCUGACACUGGGCUUAGCAAAGCCUUCUACUAACCUCUGUACCCCUCUGAUUACUGUUCACCUUGAAAAGGAUGACGUACCUUCUGCUCUGGAAGCUACCAUUGACUGUUAUAAAAAGUAUGGCAAGAUGCCUAGGCUCCAUGACAUCUUGUGCAGGCUAAUAGAACAAGGAAAUACUGAACUCCUCCAGAAAGCCAUGGACUUCGUGAGUCAAGAACGAGGUGAAAUGAUGAUGCUCUAUGAUAUCUUCUUUGCUUUUCUGAAUACAGGAAAAUACAAAGAGGCCAAGAAGAUCAUUGAGACACCAGGCUUGAGAGCUCGUCCUGGGAGCCUGCAGUGGUUUGCCGAGAAGUGUAUUGCAACUAACCAGAUGGAAACUUUAGAAAAUAUGGUGGAAAUGACUCAAAAACUAUUUGAGUGUGAUAGAGAUGAGAUGUACUACUACCUCCUAAAAUUAUGCAAGAUCAGUAAUGACUGGCGAAAAGCUGAAGCAACUUGGACUAAAAUGCAGGAAGAAAAUGUUAUUCCUCGCGCAAGAACUUUAAGGUUAUUGGCUGAUACUCUUAAGAACAAUGGUCAAGAAGUACCAUUUGAUGUGCCUGAGAUUUGGUAUGAAGAUCAUGUAGAAUCAGCUUCUGUUUUGGAAAAUAACCCUGAGAAGAAAGUGUUAAUGCUCUGCAAGAAGGGUAGUGUCCAAGAGGCAUACAAUAUUUUACUGGAAGCACAAAAGAAGGAUAUUAUGUUUCCUGCCUCUGCUUAUUCCACUCUUAUAAAAGCUUUGCUGGCUGAGGGUUGUCUUGAGGAAGCCCUGAAAGUCAAAAACAUCGCUGAGACCCACAUCAAGGGCUUCACACUGAACGAUGCUGCCAGCAGCCUCCUCAUCAUAACGCAAGUUAGGCGGGAUUAUUUGAAAGAUGCUAUAUCUACUCUAAAAAAAGUCCUUGAAAGUGACAUGGUGCCUAUGUCACUAGCUGUGAUUCGGCUUAUUCAGGCUCUGGCUAUGAAAGGUGAUCUGGAGAGCAUAUGCACAGUUGAGAAGAUGGUGGAAAACCUGGCGACCUCAAUUGGUUUAUCUCGCAUGCUUUUUGUCAAUAACACUGUAUUGGCUCACAUCAAGAAGUAAGUACUUGCAAAAUUGGUAUG